AUGUUGGAGGUCGUGACCCGAACUGCGGGUAUGUUGCCCACACUCGACCUGAAAGCGACACAGGUUGACAGUGUCAAGCGGGUGCACCUCCAGGUGGAGCCGUGUGUCAAGACGGUCGACGACCCAACGAGGGACCUCGUGGCGGGCCUCAUUGGGGACAUUAUGAAGGGCGAGUUCGACGACGACGACGACGGCCGGCGGUUGACGGUCCGGACGUCCAUUGCCACCGACUUCUCGUCGGCCGACAGCGUCGUGGACGUUGAAAUCGAAGACGAAGAGCUCGACGAAGUCGACGAGCGGCUGCUGCACGACAUUGCUGAGAACAUGAUCGGCCGGAACGUCCCGUUUGAGACGCCGUUCGGCACGAAAGCCCAGUGCUACGCCGACUACACCGCGAGUGGCAAAGCCAUUGAGAGCAUCGAGACGUUCAUUCGGCACGAGGUCAUGCCGACGUACGGCAACACGCACACGUCGACGUCCGUCACGGGGCUGCAGACCACGUCGUUCCGCGAGGAAGCGCGCCAGAUCAUUGGCAAGGCCGUGAACGCCCGUCUUCAUGGCCGAAGAGCGCACGACGUGGUCAUCUUCAGUGGUCAGGGGUGCACGAGCGCCAUCAGUAAGUUCAUCGCGGCGCUCGGGCUCCCGACGAUGCGGCGCCACCACCGCCCGCACAAGCGGCCGGUCGUGUUCACGUGUCCGUUUUCGCACCACUCGAACCUGCUGCCGUGGCGCGAGCUCUUUGCAGUCGACGUGGUCGAGAUCUCCGAGGCCCCGACCGGCGGCUUGAACCUCGCGGACCUCGAGCGGCAGCUCCAGAGCUUUCAGGGCCGCGAGCUCAAGAUCGGGACCUUUGCCGCGGCGUCGAAUCUGACCGGCAUGCUGACGGACGUCGACAAAGUCUCAAAGCUGCUGCACCGGUACGGCGCGCUGUCGUGUUGGGACUACGCCACGUGCGCGCCGUACGUCGAGAUCGACAUGAACCCCAAGGAUCCCGGCGCCUACAAGGACGCCGUGUUCUUCUCGGGCCACAAGUUCGUGGGCGGCCCCGGGUCCCCCGGCGUGCUGGUCGUCAAGAAGAACCUGAUGACGAACGAAGUGCCGACGAUGCCCGGGGGCGGCACAGUGCUCUUCGUGACCGAGAAGGCCCAUAGCUACCUCUCGAACAAGGCCGAGCGCGAAGAGGGCGGGACGCCCGACAUCCUCGGGAGCAUCCGCCUGGGCCUGGCGUUCGAGAUCAAGCAGCGCGUCGGCGUGAAGAACAUUGUGAACCUCGAGCGUCUACGCGUGCGCCACGUGCGCGACGUGCUCGGCCAGAACGACCACAUCACGUUGCUCGGCCACGACAACAUGGACCAGUUGCCGGUCUUUUCGUUCCUCGUUCGCUUUGGCGACCGCUUCUUGCACCACAACUUUGUCUGUGCGUUGCUGAACGACCUCUUUGGCAUCCAAGCGCGGGGCGGGUGUCAGUGCGCCGGUCCCUUCGGUGCGCGUCUCCUCGGGCUCAGCCGCGAGCACAUUACGGCUUUGGGCUAUGCGGUUGUCGCGAGAGAUGAGGUGCUGAAACCAGGUGUCUCCCGCGUGAGCUUCCCGUACUUUUUGGACUACGAGGAGGUCGAGUACAUCCUGGACGCGAUCAACUUUGUCGCGGAUCACGGCUGGAAACUCCUGCCGCAGUACGACUUUGACCCGACGAACGGCGCGUGGCGGCACGUGUCGCGCGCGGCGAUCCGCUUUCCCGACAAGAAGUUCUUGGCGAGUAUGCAACUGGACGACCUCGAGACGGUGCGCCAGUCGUCGUGUGCGGUGCCCAUCUACAACAUCGCCGCUCACCGUCGCGCGAACUUGAGGCACGCGACUGCUCUAGCGGAUACCUGUAUUGAAGAAGCCGUGUUGGGCGAAGAGAUCCCCGAAGGGCAGAAACUCGUUCCGAGCCACGAGUGGCUUCGGUGGUUCGUGUACCCGCACGAGGCCGUUGCCAGCUAUAAGGAGAAGAACGAGAAGCCGGCGCUUACGGAGAUCAUUGAGGGUCCAUGUCAACCCCAUCGCUACCUCGAUGGCUCCAUCCACAGCAUCUGGGAUGGCGUGCCGUCUAUGGGCAGUAUGAAGCGGAGUAUGAUGGGACGGAUCUUUCUCAAGGUGUUUAUGCAAGACGAGCUGGACGCGAUGAAGGACAAGCGAUCGGACGACGAGAAGAGUGGGCUGAACGAAGAGGACGCCAUGUGCGUCGUCUUUGGGGGCUAA